UCUUCCGAAACCCAGAGGUCCGCGCUUGAUCUGGCACCACUGCUCUACUUCCCACACUCUUUCGACCCUCGUGGCUCACACACAAGCACCGCCACAACUGUCCACUUUUCUCCCUCAAAAUGCUCGGAGGAGGCCAGCCCAUCAUUGUUCUGAAUCAGAACACCAAGAGGGAGUCCGGAAGGAAGGUCCAGCUACAGAACAUCAAUGCCGGCAAGAUGAUUGCCGACGUCAUCCGCACCUGCCUGGGCCCUCGUUCGAUGCUGAAGAUGCUGAUGGAUCCAAUGGGGGGUGUGGUGAUGACUAACGAUGGUAAUGCUAUUUUGAGGGAGAUUACUGUGCAACACCCUGCCGCUAAGCACAUGAUUGAGAUUGCGCGCACCCAGGAUGAAGAGGUGGGUGACGGGACAAGCAGUGUGGUGAUCCUGGCAGGGGAGAUGCUGGCGGUGGCUGAGCAGUACCUGGAGCAGAACAUGCACCCACUUAUCAUCAUACAGGCGUACAGACAGGCCCUCGACCAUGCUCUGGAGGCCCUUAAAGACACCCUCAGUGUGCCCAUUGACAUCAACGACGACACACAGAUGACAGAGGUGAUCAAAUCCUGCAUUGGUACCAAGUUCUUGGGGCAGUACGGUGACCUGGCCUGCGGUAUGGCCCUCCGAGCCGUGCGCACUGUGGCCACCACUGACGAGUCUGGCCGCAGGGAGAUUGACGUCAAGAAAUGGGCCAGGAUUGAGAAGAUCCCGGGAGGAGCCAUCGAAGAGAGCUGUGUGCUGGACGGGAUCAUGAUAAACAAGGAUGUGACCCACGCAAAGAUGAGUAGGAAAGUAGAGAACCCUCGUAUCAUUCUCCUUGACUGCCCGCUGGAGUACAAGAAGGGCGAGAGUCAGACGUCGGUGGAAAUGACUGCCGAGACCGACUUUACGAGGCUCCUACAAAUCGAAGAGGAGCACGUUAAGGAACUCUGCGCUGACAUCCUGGCCCUGCGACCCGACGUGGUGAUCACAGAGAAAGGCGUAAGUGACCUGGCCCAGCACUACCUGGUAAAAGCUGGCGUGACCUGCCUCCGUCGGGUCAAGAAGAGCGACAACAACAGGCUGGCAAGGGCUUGUGGGGCAACCAUCUGUAAUCGCACUGAGGAGCUGAAGGAGUCCGAUGUUGGCACGCAGGCUGGUCUUUUCGAAGUUAAGAAGAUUGGUGAUGAGUAUUUUACAUUCAUCACCAAGUGCCAGGACCCCAAGGCGUGCACGGUGCUGCUCAGGGGACCCAGCAAGGAUAUCCUGAAUGAGGUGGAGAGGAACCUUCAAGACGCCCUUGGAGUGGCCCGGAACUUGGCCCUGGAACCCCGUCUGGUCCCUGGGGGUGGCGCGGUGGACAUGGCAGUCUCCAACUUCCUGCAGCAGAAGGCCAAGGGGGUGUCAGGGGUGAGGCAGUGGCCCUAUUCUGCUCUUGCCCAGGCCCUUGAGGUCAUCCCACGCACUCUAGCUCAGAACUGUGGAGCUAACAUCAUCAGGGUUCUCACUGCCCUGCGCGCCAAACAUGCAUCCGGGGCCACCAGCUGGGGGGUGGAUGGGGAGAUGGGGGAAUUGGCUGACAUGAACAAACUCAAGAUCUGGGAGCCGCUUGCUGUGAAGGAACAGGUAUACAAGACUGCUGUGGAGACGGCCGUGCUGCUGCUGCGCAUUGAUGACAUUGUGUCUGGCUCCAAGAAGGCCAAGGACGGAGGCGAGGGGGCGCGGCUCCCCCUAACAUGGGAGGCAUGGAAUAAGAGGGGAAACUUACCUAAAAAUAUCGUACAUUAAAGGAAAAAAAACCGUACAUUGAUCCUUACAUACAUACAUACAUACACACAUACAGACACGUUCAUGCACUUUUAUUAUUAUUAUUAUUAUUUUUCUAUAAUUUUUUUUAAGUAUUUCAUCUUAUUAUUAUUAUUAUUAUUUUUCAUUAUUUAUUUUUUUCUUAAUAUGUCAGAUUCUCAUAAGUGUUUGUUUCUUUAUACUAAUUAUUAUUGUAACGCUUGCCUAAUCAGUAAUAAAUAAAAAAAAAGUUAAAAUAUUUGAAAUCC